GGUCUGUAACGAAUUUUAUCAGAUUUUACAAUUCCUCCAUUGUACAUACAUUGUACAUCUACGUCUCCAUUUGUGGACCUGUGCAACCUGCCCUGGAGACAUUGAUUUUCGCGAAUCGAAUCUUCAAGUUGAGAAAGAGGCGGCUCCUUUUUCUCAUUGACAUAUCCUUAUUGGAGAACCCCCGUGAUCAGAAGCUAGUACAAGAAUAAAAUGGAUGAGCGAACGAUUUUCAUAAAAAGGAUGCUGAUAUGCUGAUAUAAUCAAUCAACACCUUACCUCGCUCUUGCCUUUUUGUGCCGCCUCCGAGCAGGCUCGUCGUGUUGUAGUCUCGGUAUGUGAAUUUGCUUGUAGUGCAGCCAUUUUCAUUUUCGAUAAGGACUGCCCACCUUCCAUGAGAACAGUGUCCUCCUCCAUCCUCAACCACCGACAGACCAUUCAACCAUGGACUGACUGCAGUCAGUAUAGGUAUAGUCAUACCGGCUUCACCACUGCAAAAUACAGAUGGUUAACACUAGUGAUGUUGAAGUCUUCAAUGACUCAAAUACGUUUAAGACAACAGACAAGCUGCCAGAACGGACUACUGAUUUGGAGAAGAAAAAGGAAAAACUUCAGGCUGCUAUGUUUCUCACCGCUGUAACAGGCGUAGCUGCACUGGUAGGAUUUGGGACAACAGUAUCGGCAGCACGCAAACAAGAUCCAAAAUAUUUCAACGAAGGACUCUCUGGAACAAAAGCAAUGACUGAGACCGGAGCUUUGUUGGCACUUAGAGCUCUAGGCUGGGGGACGGUGUACGCGGUUACAGGCUGCAGCAUUUUAUUUUAUGGUAUCUGGAAGUUAUCGGGAGCUAAAAGUGCAGUGGAAUUCCGUAAUGCAAUGGGCUCACUCCUGCCCAGGCUGUCAAAGGAAAACCCACCGCAAAGUAGAACAGAAUUUGAAGGACUUACCGACUUAUUAAAAUACGUGUCCGAAGAUUGGGGAAAGGAGAACGAUGCAAAAGAAUCUAAGUAAAAUUUUUCUGUAUUCAUAGUUUCAGUUUCUAGUCCCUACUAAGUUAGAUAUGACAUACCUCUGAGUGCAAGAUUUCACAUUUUGUUAGAAAGGUUCGUAGUCAUCAGCGUUCAUAACCUUCUUCAAGUUUUAGUUGUUAUCAAUUAAAACUAGGAAAAGCCAACAUAUUCAGAGAUCCAUCGACAAUCUAGUAUAAUUUAAAAAAUGUAGAAUAUUGAUGGAUAUAGCGAUGAACUGCGGUAUUUUUAAAACAGUAGAGUAACAAGUUAAUUAAUAAAUUAUUUGGAGUCACUAUGUAA